AUGGUGGAUAUCAGAGACUUCUUUGGGAACAAGAAAGGUGGUUCUGCGAAGACAGCUCCAAAAACUACAAAGCAGACUCCUGCUAAAAGAUCCAAGACAAUUGCCAUCUCAGAUGAUGAUGAAGAUGAUAUCGUUGAAGUCAGCAAACCGAAAAGAGCUAAAACUGAAGGUUCUGCUCCUACAAAAUCUGAACAUUUCACAAAGAAGGAAUCAAAAGCUCCAUCAACAGCACCAGCACCAGUUAAAAGUACACCAAAAGAAGCUUCAAAACCAAAGAAAAAAUCAAAUGAUGAUGAUUUUGUUGUUAGUGAUGAUGAUUUCAUAGAUCUGGAUGAUGAAGAUGAUGAUUUCUUUGCCGAAGAAUUGAAAGAAUUGGAUAAUUUACCAAAAGAUAGAACAUCAACAAGAACAAAUACCACAGUAGAGGAUAAACCAACACCACCUCCACCAGCAAAAUCAACAAAAGCGGCUCCUCAAACUAAGGCCAAACCAGCUCCAAAACCAAGUCCCAAAAAGAAAUCACCAGCGCCUGCCAAAUCAUCAGUUAAAUCUUCAAGUGGCGGUGGUGAUGUUACUGCAUUAGAUGUUCUUGCUAAAAUUACAGAUGCUGAUUUACCAGAAGAUAUCCCAACAGGUGAAGGAUUCAAUUAUCAUGCUUUUAAAGCUCGUCAAAAUGAUUUACCAGUUCAAACAGGUGCUUUUGAGAUUCCAGAAGGUGCACCAAAUUGUUUAACUGGAUUAACAAUUGUUUUCACUGGUGUAUUACCAAAUAUCCCAAGAGAUGAUGCUGAAGGUAUUGCUAAAAAAUAUGGUGCUAAAGUUACUAAAUCAAUUUCAUCUAAAACUACUGUUGUUGUCUUGGGUGAAGAAGCUGGUCCAAGUAAAGUGAGGAAGAUUAAACAACUGAAAAUUAAAGCUAUAACAGAAGAAGGUUUUAUUCAAUUAAUUAAAGGUAUGCCAGAAGAAGGUGGUGAUGGUGCUGAAGCUGAAAAGGCAAGAGCUAGAAGAGAAGAAGAAGAAAGAAAAGCUAUUGAAGAAUCUCAAAGAAUGCAAGAAGAAGAAGAAGCUGCAGCUAAAAAAAGAGAUGCAGCAAUUAAAAAAGCUCAAAAUUCAGGUAAUUAUGCAAAUAGUUCUAAACUGAAGACAGAUUCUGAAAAAUUAUGGACAGUUAGAUAUGCACCAACAAAUAUUUCACAAAUUUGUGGUAAUAAAAGUUCUGUUCAAAAAUUACAAAGUUGGUUAGAAAGUUGGCCAUCAAAAUUUGGUAAUAGAAAACCUCAAAAGGGUGAAAGUGAAUUAAGAGCUGUCUUGAUUCAUGGUCCACCAGGAAUUGGUAAAACAACUGCAGCACAUCUUGUUGCUAAAUCAUUAGGUUAUGAUGUUUUGGAGAAGAAUGCAUCAGAUGUUCGUUCUAAAGGUUUGCUUAAUAGUGGUGUUGGUAAUAUUUUAAAUAAUACUUCAGUUAUGGGUUAUUUCAAUCCAGAAGCUCAUGCUACAGCUGAAAAUGGAGCAAAAUUUUGUUUAAUUAUGGAUGAAGUUGAUGGUAUGUCUGGUGGUGAUAGAGGUGGUGUUGGACAAUUAGCUUCAUAUUGUCGUACAACUCAAGUUCCAAUGAUUUUAAUUUGUAAUGAUAAAUCAUUACCUAAAAUGAGACCAUUUGAUAGAGUUACUAUAGAUUUACCAUUUAGAAGACCAUCAGCAAGAGAAAUGAAAUCAAGAUUAAUGACUAUUGCAUUAAGAGAAAAAAUUAAAUUAGAUCCAAAUAUUAUUGAUCAAUUAGUUCAAGCUACAAGUAAUGAUAUUAGACAAAUUAUUAAUUUAUUAUCAACGGUUUCAAGUACACAAAAGACUAUAAAUUCAGAAAAUUCCAAAGAUAUAAGUGAAGCUUGGAAGAAAAACAUUGCAUUAAAACCAUUUGAUAUUAUUCCAAGAUUAUUAAGUGGACAAAAUUAUUCAAAAGUUUCACAAGUUCCAUUAUUUAAAAAAAUGGAAUAUUAUUUUGAUGAUCAUGCAUUUGUACCAUUAAUGUUACAAGAAAAUUAUUUAAAUUCUAAACCAGUUAAUGGUAAUACCAAGACAAAACAUUUAGAAUUAGUUGCCAAAGCUGCAGAUUCUAUAUCACAAGGUGAUUUAGUUGAUAAAAAAAUUCAUAGUGCAGAACAACAAUGGAGUCUUAUGCCAUUACAUGCUAUUAUGUCCACAGUUAGACCAGCUUCAUUUGUUGCAGGACAAGUAGGUGGACGUAUAAAUUUUACUGGUUGGUUAGGACAAAAUUCCAAGACUGGUAAAUAUACUAGAUUAUUAACAGAAUUACAAUAUCGUUCCAGGUUACGUACAUCAACGGAUCAAACUGAAUUUAGAUUAGAAUAUAUUCCAUUAUUAGCCAAAAAAUUAUUAGAUCCUUUAGUUUCACAAGGUGCAGAUGGUAUUGAAGAAACAAUUUCCAUAUUAGAUCAUUAUUACCUAAGUAAAACAGAUUGGGAUUUCCUCUUAGAAUUCCCAAUUGGUGAAGAUUCCACAGCUGCUAAAUUGAAGAAAGUUGCUACUGCUACCAAAUCCAAAUUUACUAGAAAAUAUAACUCAACUUCACAUCCAAUGUCAAUUUAUAAACCUGGAUUAUCUACUGGAGUCAAUGGUAAAACCAAGAAGGAGAAACCAGAUCUAGAUGAAGCACCAGAAGACGAUCCAGAACCGGAAGAAGACCUCAUAGAUGAGUAA